AUCAGCGCUCACUGCACUUGCAAAGCUGGGUAUGUACUUUUUAAGUUUAUGAUUGUAUAUUUUUCUUGGUGGCUUAUACAAUUUAGUAAGACAAAAAUAAACAUUAAUUAAUGAGAAUAAAUUUUAUUAUUAAACCAGUUAUUGAACCAGGCAUCAAGUUAAUGCCAGGGUGUCAAUAUAAAUGGGGAAUCAUGAAGGUUGAAGUACCUUAAAUGUACCGACUAUUUCAAAAAUAUGCUUGAAAAGCAUUGUCAAUUUAUUUCAAGUAUUAUAAAAAAAAAUUCAGAUUGGGUGAAGCUUGUAGUCACAUUGCUGCUUUGCUGUUCAAGAUGAUGUCUGCAGCAUUGUAUGGCCUCAAUGAAAAGUCAAGGACAAGUGUCUCCUGUGCUUGGAACCAGUUUUAUAGGAAAAAGGUGCAGCCAAAACCUUUGGACAUGAUUAAUUUCGACAACCCAAAACCUCUCCGGAAGAAGCGCCGUCGAAGAGUCCUUUCCACUUCUGUCGAGAACGAUGAUGGGUUUGACGCAGCCGAGGCACUCCGCAGUCUAAAGCGCAUUUGCCCUUCCGCAUGUAUCCUGACUAAAGGCGACUCUGAUACUGACACUGCAUCAGAAGAUGAAGACUUACCACCAGUGCUGAGCAGAUUCCAUGAGGUGAAACAUGAGUCACUGAGCCCUACAGACCUAGAAGACAAAUGUCAGCGAUUUGUUCGUGACUUUCAAGUACUACCCCAACAGGUCAUGAAUCUCGAGGCGAUGACAAAGGGCCAACAAGACAGUGUUCUGUGGCAACGACAGAGAAGGGGGCGAAUAACAGCCACAACAGCACAUGAUGUUCUGACCUUAAAGCAAGCAACAACAAAGUCAAAUUUGCUGAAGAAAAUAAUGAAGUACCAUGAGUGUGACCUUUCACGUCUUGAUGCCGUUAAGUUUGGCAGACAGCACGAAGAAACAGCAAGAUCAAUGUAUAGUGAUAAAAUGAGGCAAAGUCAUGAACACUUUAAUGUAUCUGAUUGUGUUUUUUUUUGUUGACAGCACAUUCCCAUUGUUUGCAGCUACACCCGAUAGACUCAGGGAAUGUUCAUGUCAUGGCAAGGGGCUUGUAGAGAUCAAGUGCUCAUACAAACAUAGAGACUCAAAAAUAGAAGACAUUAAGGAUCAGACUUUCUUCCUUAAUAGUGACAAUAAACUGAAAACUAACCACCGCUACUAUUCACAAAUUCAGUUUCAACUGUAUGUUUCUGGGAAGACAUUUUGGAAUUUCUAUAGUUGGAAACUCGGGUGAUGAUUUUAUCAUGAAUAUUCGUUUAAAAUAAGUAAACACUUAAAGUGCACACUGACAGUUGAUUACUAUACACCUAACAAUUUGAGUCAUUACAGUAAAACAUGGAUUAUAAGCGAAGUAUACGCGUAAGAGAAGAUUUUCUGUCAAAAAACGAAUGUCAACAAUCGGCAUGGAACUGGGAUAUUUGUAUCAAAGGGCUAUGUAUGUAAGUAUACAUCUUUGAGUAGUUUUGUAUGUUGAUUAGUUCAAAAAUGUUUGUUUUUUAAUUUAUCUUUGGAAUUCUUGAAUCAUUUUUAUUUGCUAAAUGUUAAGACAGCGUGUUUAUAUUUUUACAUACAUGUACUAUAAUUAUAUAUUAUUAUAAAUAUACAUGUUACAUCUACUUAUG